AUGGCUCGUGGCGCAAAGCGCACCCUUGACGAGGUCGCCAACAAGUCUGAUUCCGACGACAAGGAUUACAGUGAUCAUGCUAAAUACUCCCGUUCCACUGCCCGGAAGUCGAAGGCGGGCCCCAAGAAAAAGUCGCGACCGGCCCCAAAGAAGAGACGACGACGCGACUCCGACGAUGGCAUCACCUCGGACGAGGAAGACUUGUCUGAAGAUUUCGACUUUGAAGAGGCAGAAGAAGACUCGGAGGAUGCUGAGGUGGAGCGCAAUGUCAGAGGGACGGCGCGUCGACGAACCACACAGAGCCAUCGCCCGCAUUACGAGGAACCCGAUUCAGACGAAGAGCUAGUCAAUGAGGCUGGCGAGGAAGAAACUCGAGCUUCUCCACCCCGCAAGAGCGCGGUCAUCAAGCUGAAGCUCCCGCCCAAUUACCUGGCUUACAGCAAACGUGUAACCCGCCACACCCGUGACGCUUCAGAGGAUAUUUACGCUCUUACCAACUCUGGUCGACACAUGCAAACCGUCGAGCGAGGUACCCGAAGCCCAGAAAAUACUCCCACCCACCGCGCUGCGCGAGUUGGUCGCAUGGCCAACGCGGCCAAGCGCACGAUCAUCGAUGAAGAGGAUGAGGACGCCGAAGAAGACGAAAUCAUCAACGAAACCACUAUUCAGGGCUCGCAAAUGGAAGUACUGGAGAGCGAUGUGCCCCAAGUUAGCGCUGAAGGUGAUACUUUACCAGUGAAUGACAGGGAUAACGACCCAAUUGACGAAGAAAUGCCGGACGAUGAAGACGUUGUCCCCGAAUCAGAAAAUGGGGACCAUAAGAACGUUCAUUCCGAACACACCGACGAGCUUCCAGCAACUCAGCAGCAAGAUGGAAUUUCUCUGCAGCAAUCCUUGGAAGGAAACGCAGAGCAAGAAGGUGAGACUCAAGAAGACUCACAGCUGCGUCGACCAAGCCGGAAGCAGCCACCUCGAAGCUCACAACGCAAGAGCAAAGAUGAAGAAAGCGAUUUUGAACCAGAAGAAGAGCCAUCGAAUGAUGAGGAGGAAGAUUCUGAUUCUGAUUCGCGUGCCUCUCCCCGCAAAAAGAUUCAAGCUCGCGAGGAAGCCGAAGACAGCUCUGCCAGCCGGCGCCCUGGCCUGCGCCAGCGGCCUGCUCGAGCCCGUGAGCCCACAGAAGAGGCUGAUGAAAUUGCUGAUGAACUGGAUGAUCUUACGUCCGGCCGUUUCCGUCGUCGUGCGAAACAAGCGGUCGUGUACGAGAAGCCGCGUCGCAACCGAAAGGAUGUUGAUUAUCGCAUCAUUCGACCUGAAAUACUUCAACCCACUGAAGACAGUGACAACGAAGUGACUGGAUCUCCAUCCCGACGUGGUCGUGGCGGAGGUGGUUGGCAGCGCACCUUGUUCUCAACAUUCGGUCCAUUUGGUGGUGGUGGUAACGCGGCAAUCCUCGGUGUUCCUGGUGGCCCUACAGCCACCGGGGGAGUAGACAGCGAUAGCAGUGAUGACGAAGGUCCUCAACAACCGAAUCGUACCGGUCUUGCUUCUGGUGGUGGACUCGCAGCUACUCACAACCAGUCGGCUGAUACUGCUCAGAACUCAUCCGGAACGCCUGCAAACCUUGGCAAAUUCAAUAACAAGCAGGCUCUAGCUGAUGCAGACCCCCUGGGAGUAGACAUGAAUGUCAACUUCGACCAUGUUGGCGGUUUGCAAGGCCACAUUGAUCAGUUGAAAGAGAUGGUUUCCUUGCCUCUGCUGUACCCAGAAAUCUUCCAGCGUUUCAACAUUACUCCUCCUCGUGGCGUUUUGUUCCAUGGUCCUCCUGGUACCGGAAAGACGCUCAUGGCCCGGGCUCUCGCCAACAGUGUCAGUUCCGAGGGACGCAAGGUCACAUUCUACAUGAGGAAGGGUGCGGACGCAUUGAGCAAAUGGGUUGGUGAGGCCGAGCGACAACUUCGACUUCUUUUCGAAGAAGCUCGCAAGAAUCAGCCUAGCAUUAUCUUCUUUGAUGAAAUUGACGGUUUGGCUCCCGUGAGAUCGAGCAAACAAGAACAGAUUCAUGCCUCGAUCGUCUCGACCUUGCUUGCACUGAUGGAUGGUAUGGAUGGCCGUGGUCAAGUGGUCGUGAUCGGUGCCACUAAUCGACCCGACUCUGUCGAUCCUGCUCUUCGACGACCCGGCCGUUUUGACCGUGAGUUCUAUUUCUCGCUGCCUAACAUCGAAGCCCGCCGUGCUAUUCUCGACAUUCACACCAAAGAAUGGGACCCUCCCCUUCCUAGCCACAUCAAGGAUGAAUUGGCGGAUAUGACAAAGGGAUAUGGUGGUGCCGAUCUACGAGCGCUUUGCACUGAGGCUGCAAUCAAUGCCGUGCAGAGACGAUACCCUCAAAUCUACAAAUCAGACCAGAAGCUUGUGAUUGACCCGAAGACAAUCGAUGUCGCACCCAAAGAUUUCAUGCUGGCAAUCAAAAAGAUGGUGCCCUCUUCAGAACGGUCUACUUCAUCUGGCGCGACUGCUCUCCCUCCGAAUAUUGAACCCCUGCUCCGUCAUCCCUUGUCUGAAAUCAAGUCUUUGUUGUCGGAGAUUUUGCCUCAGCGAAAGAAACUCACUGCUCUAGAGGAAGCUCAAUAUGAGGAGCUUGAUGAUGGUGCCGGCUUUGGACGAGAGCUGCUUUUGCAAGAAUUUGAUCGAUCGCGUGUCUUCCGACCUCGAUUGCUCCUCCGAGGUCCCCAUGGCAUGGGCCAGCAAUAUCUCGCGGGUGCGCUACUACAUGUGUUUGAAGGUCUGCAUGUCCAAGCCUUCGAUCUUCCUACUCUGCUCAGCGAUUCCACCCGCUCCCCAGAAGCAGCAGUCAUCCAGUUGUUCACUGAGGUCAAGCGCCACAAGCCUAGUGUCAUCUACAUUCCCAACAUUCACCUUUGGUUCCAGACUGUCGGACCUGCUGUGAUUUCUACUUUCUUAGGUCUUUUGCGCUCAGUGCCACCUUCUGACCCGGUUCUUUUGCUCGGUAUUCUUGAAUCAUCGGAAGAGGAAGUGGAUGCAACCUUGCUCAAGAGCAUGUUUGGGUUCUCAAAGAAGAACCUGUAUGAUCUAUCUGCUCCAACACACGAUGCUCGCCGUGAAUUCUUCACAAAGAUCAUUGAAUUUGUCAAGACUCCUCCUAAGGGAUUCCCGAACCCAGAAAAUCGCAAACUGCGCCAGCUAGAAGAGUUGGAAGUUGCACCGCCACCGCCUCCAAAGCCCCAAGCAGUACCCACCAAGGAGGAGCUCAAGGCUCAAAAGAAGAAAGAUUAUCACAACUUGAAUCUUUUGAAAAUUCGAAUCCAGCCUAUCAUGGACCAAAUCAAGCGGUACAAGCGUUUCAAGUCGGGUGUGAUCGAUGAAUCCCAAAUCCGAUACUUGUGGGAUGAAGAAGACCCCAACAUUGUUACUAGUGAUCUUCCUCCAGAUCAACAAAAUACCUACCGGCCUUACGAGAAAGCAUACGACAAACAUGGUGUGCUGGGUCUCCGUGAGACUGCCACUGGGAAGUUCUUUUACAACAUGGACAUCGUGACAAUUGAAAAACGUCUUUCGAAUGGAUACUACAAACGCCCUACGGACUUCGUGGCGGAUGUCAAGCGAUUGGUCAAAGAUUCUCGACAAAUUGGAGACCCGGACCGCACGUUGCGAUCGAAGGAACUUCACACAAAUGUGGAGGUUGACAUUGCCAGUCUGAUUGUAUCUGAACCAGCUCUCGUGGCAGAAUGUGAGCAGAUUUAUGUGCGUGAGUUGGCUCGCGAGAAGGAGGCAGCAGAGCGCGAGAAACGUGCUCAGGCGGAAAUCGAGGCUGCUCCUCUCUCUGCGUCUGCUAACAUGCCGCACGGCGACACUGAACCGGGGCCAUCUGAGCCAGUUCACCUUGGCGAGUCCUUCCCUACCAAUGGCGAUGACGAAAAAGCAGUCUCGCGCCCUUUGACCCCCGCAAAUCAGUUCAGUCUGAGUUUCGCCAACGGAGACCAUACAGGACACUGCUCAGAGUCCAACGAGUUUGGAUCCCAUGCUGGCGGUGCUAGCAACGGCACCCAUGGGGAUGGCGACGGUGACAUUUUCAUGUCCAACUCGGAUGAUCAGUCGGGUAGCAAGGAUACACAGGGAAGUUCGUUCGGACCAUCUGCGCAGCCCAAGCCUCCUUAUUCCCACACUGCGCCUUCUCAGCAGAUUCGCCGAGAAUCUGGUCUUUCGAGCUUCUCUCAGCGAGGUCCGAUGACCCCAAUGGCCCCGGGAUCUCAGCCAGCCGACUACAUUAACGAAGCAUCCACUACUCAGACAACUUCGGACAAGAAGUCCUCUGACCAUCUGUCCAACCAAACCUACCACACUCAAAGCCUUCAUGUUUCCCGAACCGAAUACCCCGAUCUUACUCAAUACCCUGAUCGCGUAUCGCAGGAAGAUCACCUGCCCGACACCCAACAAGGCGACAGCAGCCAGCCUUCUCCCCGUCCUCGGGACUCGUUGUUUAGCAAUGCCGACACCCAGGAGAACAGCGGUUUGAAUGGAAGCGAGUCUCAGUCGAAGCCCCAGCCCCCUCUUUUCGAUGCACCCAACAUGCCAGCAAUCAAUGCUUCGGCUAACCUGCAAUCUGUUCUGGACGAAGAACCCCACGAGCCAUUUGUCCUCGAUCUUGAAGUUGUUGAACGUCUGCACACGCAGCUGACCCUGUCGACCAGUGGGUUCUCGGUGGAACAGCUCGAACAGAUCAACACCAGCUUGAUGGACUACUUGUGGCACAAGCGUGGGGAAUGGAAUCGCACCUUCGUUGCCGACGGUCUCGGCAAGACAUACAAUGCAGUCCUGGAAGACAUGCAGGCAAUGCAGGAGAUCGAACCCAUCAGCCAGCAGACCAAGAAUAUCUUGGCCAACCUCAGCUUCCAGUGA